AUGUUCCUGCAGCCGCGUGCGAAGGCGGUGCCCAGACCCUCGGCUCUCGUGGGCCCUCGCUCGCUGGAAGUGCCGUGGCCGAGCAAGCUAUGUGCUGCUCGUAGGUCCGUUCCAACCCCCUUGGAACUCUUCGAGCGGCUGGCAGACAAGCUGGGGGUGCCGACAGGGCUGCGCUACGGCCGCUAUCUUCUGGCAUGUUAUUGGGCGAUGCCAACCGGGAAGUGCAACCCAGAAGCCGUCGACUGGUCCGACUUGGUGGCUCUUGCUCUAGUCGUAGAGCAUGCUCCGGUCGAUACGGAUGAUGUGAAGCGAUGCCUACUUCUAACUGAAGAGCGUCUGGUGUAUCAUUGGGACGUCAAGAAGAUUGGCCGCAUCAUACACGCCUGGUCCAUUUACCGUAGGGCUACCUAA